AUGGGCUAUACGGCUAUACCGAUUCUUGAGCAAAUUGGAGAUUUCAUUGGUAUUUUUGUUAAGCUGGAUGACAGAUUUAUUGGGGCACCGUGGCUGACUUACUACCGUAUCCGGGUUUCAAUACCGGUAGACAAACCGAUUAAGCAAAGGAUGAAGCUACUAAAAUGGGAUAAAACAACUUGCUGGGUCAAUUUUAAGUAUGAGAGGCUGCACACAUUUUGCUUUUUCUGUGGUAUGUUGGGACACUCUUACAAGUUCUAUCUAAGGGCUAGGGAAUCGGCAAUACCGGUAGAGCAAUAUCCGUACUCUGCAGAUUUGCGUGUGGGAGGGAAUCGGGGGCCACGCGAAAUAGGUGACCAGGACUACCGAAGAGGCAGUCGGCAGAGGCUGUUGAUCCGAGGGAAGUUCUGGAUCCCAGGCCCGCCCGACCCAAUGAGUACUCUGAGCUGGAACUGCCGUGGCUUGGGUAAUCCACGGACAGUUCGUGAUGUGGUAGACAUGGUGUCCCGUAAGCAACCCGACUUUGUAUUUCUAAUGAAGACUAAAGUGGGACGAGAGCACGCUGAGCAAAUUCGUGUCACUAUUGGUUUCGAGGGAUUAUUUUAUGUUAACAACAAUGGUUUGAGUGGUGGUUUAGCGUUGUUUUGGAGAAAGAAUAGUACGACGAGACUUCUGAGUUACUCAACGAAUUAUGUUGAUAUUGAAGUAACUAUCACGGGUCAUCCAGCCUGGUGGAUGACAUGUUAUUAUGGUUUUUCGGAACGAACCAGGCGUACUAAGUCUUGGGAUCUCUUAAGGGCAUUGGCGGCAGCAUCAAAUCUCCCAUGGACUGUUAUGGGGGAUUUCAAUGAUUUACUAUUUCAGCAUGAGAAGAGAGGGGGGAAUUCGCGCCCGAAUAGCCUCCUUCGAGGUUUUGGGGAUGCUCUUGAGGAUUGUGGUCUGGCCCAGUUACCAAUGGCUGGUUAUCCGUAUACUUGGGAGAAGGGAAAUGGGACAGUAAAUUGGAUUGAGGAGAGGCUCGACAAAGUCUUGGUUACGAAUGAGUGGCGCAAUAUAGUACCGCAUGCGAAGGUCACGAAUUUGAGAACUAGGAAGUCUGAUCAUUCGGCUCUUUUUCUGGGAAUCCAUGAAUCCCUAGGGACAAGUGGAACUGGGAGAAGGGGUUUUUGA